UGUUCAUGGUUGAUCGAUUAACUAUAGGCACCUAAUAUAUUGUGGUAGGUACUGUACACAGAUAUAGCUCAAUGAUACCCCUGAACGCUUUGCAGUGUUGAGCUAGUUAGCAGAGACGAAACAAAUCGUACAGAGGCCUCCGCUCUGUAGUUACGGUAAUAUAAUAGUAUACAAGAAACUCUGAAAAUGGCAGUUAAUUGGGCUGGCCUUGUUGGUGUAAUCAUCUUUUACAUACUUAUUCUGGCAAUUGGUUUGUAUGCCUCAAAGAAAACUAAAGGCAGUACUUCCACGGACGAGGUGAUGCUUGCGGGAAGAAGCAUUGGCCUGUCUAUAGGUGUAUUUACCAUGACAGCUACUUGGGUCGGCGGUGGUUUUAUCAACGGUACUGCUCAGUCAGUGUAUGCAGACGGACUUAUAUAUACACAGGCUCCAUGGGGGUACUCGUGUAGCUUGAUUGUAGGUGGACUUUUCUUUGCGAAGAAAAUGCGAGAGCAAGGUUAUGUGACAAUGCUGGACCCCUUUCAGUUGAAGUUUGGUAAAAGAAUGGGUGGACUCCUGUUCUUGCCAGCUUUAUCAGGGGAGAUAUUCUGGUCAAGCGCUAUCCUUGCUGCUCUGGGAUCAACUUUCAGUGUAAUUCUGGAUAUAGACACAACUCUGGCCAUCAUUGUUUCGGCCUGUAUAGCUAUGUCCUAUACAUUGUUUGGAGGUCUUUAUUCAGUGGCGUACACUGACGUUGUCCAGUUGAUUUGCAUAUUUAUUGGUUUGUGGUUCUCGGUUCCAUUUGCUUUUACAAGCGAACAUUUUACAACUAUCAGCGGACCAAAUUCAACAUGGCUAGGUACCUGGGAUAAUCGAUACGCUGGUGAAUGGAUUGACUAUGCAUUUCUGUUGGUUUGUGGAGGAUUGCCAUGGCAAGUGUACUUUCAACGUGUAUUGUCGGCGAGUAGUGCGCGGUAUGCCCAGAUUUUGUCGUACUCUGCUGGCUUUGGCUGUUUAAUCAUGACAAUACCUUCAAUCCUAAUUGGAGCUAUUGCCACAAGUACUAAUUGGACUGCAACAGAUUAUAAACGUGAAGUCGAAGACAGUAACCUUGUUUUACCACUAGUCUUACAAUAUCUAACCCCUCAGGCCGUCUCGACCAUUGGUCUGGGAGCGGUCUGUGCUGCUGUAAUGUCAUCUGCCGAUUCAUCCCUCCUCUCGGCUAGUUCUAUGUUCUCUCGAAACGUAUACAAGCUUGUGAUAAGACAACAUGCAACCGAGAAAGAGAUCAUUUGGGUGAUGAAAGGUUCAAUUGUUGUAUUUGGAGCCCUUGCCACCACAUUAGCGAUUACAAUUAACUCAAUCAAUGGUCUGUUUUAUCUUUGUGCUGAUUUUGUAUAUGUCAUCUUAUUUCCGCAACUCGUCUCCGUCGUUUACAUUGGCUUCACGAACACCUACGGCUCAGUUUGCGCCUACUUCAUUGGCCUGAUAUUGCGACUUGGCGGCGGCGAGUCACUUUUGGGUCUCAACCCGUUUAUAAAGUAUCCAUAUUUCGACGAGGAUAUGGGUAAACAGCUCUUCCCUUUCCGUACUUUUUCCAUGCUGAUGUCGUUUGCUACGCUGCUUCUAGUCUCUCGUUUGUUUCAAUAUCUAUUUACGAAUGAGGUCCUGGACAAAGAGUGGGACGUUUUUGAAUGUGUAACAAACAUCCCACCCGCAGCUGAUUCAUUCGAAAUGAAACCCAAAGAUGUUGACAUAGGCGAAGCAAUAGAAGUACGAGAUAAUGGAGAAAAACCAUUGAAGUCAAACAUCAAGUUUAGCGGCGUGUUCAACCCUGGUUAUGAUAUUGAAUUCUAAAGACGCAAUGUUUGCCUGCAUCUGCAUGGAAACACUAUACAAUGAAUGGUGUGAAGUAGGCCUGAUCAACGACUAUGGUGUACUGUGUUUUUUGGAGAUAUCGUUCUUUCAAUGUAUAUAAAAGAAAAGUAAUAUUUUCCAGAUUCGCUUCAAGGAAUAGCACUACCACUCGGACUGUAAUUUGGAUGGUGUUUUUUGUUCCUUGGCGGUGAAUUUACCAGUAGUGUAUAGCUUCAACGUUAUACUGAUCUCGUCAUUGCGUUAUGACGAUAGUGUUUUAAAUUUUUGAAUAUAUAAAUAAAAGUUAUAGUUAAUAAUUUUAUUAUGGUGUUUAUUUUUUUAGAUAUAAAUAACUUUUUCUAAAGUGUAUAUAGAAAGUUCUUAUAAAAGUGUUUGUAAAUAUAUUUUCUGAAUUUAGACCUAAUUAUCAGUAUGCCUCGGACUGUCAGACCUUACUCUGUAAACAUUAUUUACUUAUGACUGUAUUUUUAGCAUAUCAAUAAUAUCUAGUUGAAGUGAAAUUAUAUUUUAUUGCAUGUGUUUUCAACUAGAGACAUUGUUAUUAUAUACCUUUCUUGUUUUUUAAAGUGUGUUAGUGAAUAAAAAAAAUAGUAAUUGUACAUUACACUUACUUAAAUUAUUGAUAUUGCUGUCCUGAUAAAUUGAUGAUGUUCAUUUUAAUACGUGACGCCAGUUAAAAAUUCACAAAAAACCACAUAUUAUUAUAAGUGAUUUUGAUUGGUUACAUGUUAAAAUAUAAAUGAUUCAUUCUAAAGUUAAGUUAUAGUUGCAAUUUGUUUACGUACCAUAAUUUAGACGUAGGUCUAAUUAUUCUCACUGAUUAAUAUGCGACACAUUUUCAGGCCGUCAUCAAUAUGUAAAUAUUAUUUUAUAAGGGCUAUGAUUUUUGCUCAUAAUUUACUUAAAUAAAAUAUCUUUUUAACUAUAUCUUUUGUAACUACAUUAUAACAUUUUAUACGUAUUGAAUAAUUACUUAUGUAUUAUUAUUACCUUGAAUAUACCUGGAAUCGUGAUUAUUAU